AUGAUGAGCGACAUGAAACUCGACUCGAAGGCCAUGUGCUCCUCCGCUGCUGCCUGCCUCUGCUGUUGCGUCUUCGCCUCACUGGCAAUAAGCUUGGUGGCCUCAUUUCUGAUCAACAUAUUCUCCUCCGUGACUACGCCUGCAGACGAGUACAUCAAAUGGGCCGUCGUCGUUGACGCCAAGGAAUGCUCCCAAGUAGCCAAGGAGAUCGUAGACGAUGGUGGCGCCAUAGGAGACAUCGCCGUCGCCGUCCUUCUGUGCAUGGGAGUCACAGCUCCGCAUCUCGUGGGGAUCGGCGGCGGCUUCAUCGCACUCUUUUAUAACAAGACUUCUCAGCAAGUCUACACGUUAAACGCUCUCGGCAGAUCGCCUUCUGCAGCCAAACCGGACAUGUUUUCUUCUGAACCAACUCUCUACAAAUAUGGCGCCACGGCCUCCAUCGUCCCGGGUGCCUUGGACGGCUACGAGAGAAUCCACAAGGAAUUAGGCAUUCUUGAGUGGUACCGGCUUUUCGACCCGGCGAUACGCUUGGCCAGGGAGGGCUUCACCAUUGGGCCCCACUUGGGACGGUCAUUGGAGAGACACAGCGCCAAAAUCGAAGCCAACGCCGACCUUAAGACGCGAUUCUGGAACACGGCGACCAACACCGUGCUGAAGAACGGAGAACAGCUGGUGCAAGGCGCAUUGGGGGACACGCUUAGCGACCUGGCAAUUCAUGGCGCCCAGUACCUGUACGAGGGAGAGUUGUCCAAAGACAUAAUCGAUAGCGUCAAGGAUGGCGGUGGAACGAUGAGCGCAGAUGACUUGUCCGGUUACUCGUCCAAGUGGAUGGACGCGAUCAGCGUGAACCUCACCAACGGCCUGGUGUUCCACUCGGCGCCCAUCCCCGGCAGUGGAACCCUGUUGGGUGCGGCCGUGGCACAGAUAUCUCUCGACUACGCCAUCUUCUUCGAUCCAGAGGCUUCCAGCCUUGUACAGAUGUCCGGCGGGGACCUACACAGGCUCGUCGAGACGCUGAAGUUCGCGUACGCCAGGAGAGCAGAUUUCGGGGAUGAAGAAGAGUCACGAAAUAGCGAAAAAGUGAUCUUCAAAGAAAUAAUUGACAAAAUUAAUAAGACGCUGAACAGCCAUCACCCAUUGGAGGACGCCGAGGGCUACGGCCUGAAGCACGUUUUCGCCCAAGACUACGGCGGCGCCCACCUAUGCAUUAUCGCUCCCAACGGCGAUGCCUUCUCGAUCACCUCCAGCCUCAACAACGAGUUCGGCAGCAUGUUCACGACUUCAUCGGGUCUGCUGCUAAACAACUAUAUGGACGCGUUUGUCAAGCAAGCCAGCAACGGCGCUCCGACGGCCAAUCUUCUCGGCCCGUCCAAGGCACCCAUGACAUCGCUGGCGCCUGUAAUUAUCACCAAAAUGUCAUCAAUAUCACCGCUACAUUCGCUAUUUGGCGGUACAGGCGGCAUGGCGGGAUUGUCUGCCGUCGCCCAGAAGAAAAAGCUCGAGUCCUUCGGCCACAAGGUGUUGGAGGAAUUCAUUCCCAGCACUGCCAUGGGAAUCAUGCCAACGCGCCGAGGAACCUACCUUGCCAUUAACGACACCAAGCACGGUGACGGGGGGAACAUUGGUGGUUUGGAAACACCCGUUUCGGGCUAA